GAGAAGACUGAAGAGAUUAUCGCACAUGUUUUUGCAGCAGACGAUAUUUUAUAAGAAAACCGUGAUCCGUGAUUAUUUAUCUGUCAAACUUUUACUUAAAAAAGAGAAAAAAAACUAAAACAAUUUAUCUUGUUUGCGAGAUUUUUUUUAAUGUAAACACUAAAUGUUUGUUCAUAAUUAUUAACUUUUUUUUUCCUUUCUUUCAACGAACUUCAAAGAAAAGGAAAAUCAUAGUGAUAAUUAUAAAUAUCUUUUGAAAUUAUGAGGAGUUUUCGUAUUUUUCGAAAGUUUAUUCAAACUAAUAAUAAUAAAUUUUUAAGCCGGGGUUUAAAAACAAGUGCAAAGGAAAGUCAUGAAGGAGAGGGAAAUCAAAAAUUUGAAUUUGACGAUAAAACAACUCAUUUUGGUUUUGAAACUGUAUCGACUGGGGAAAAAACUGAAAAAGUUCGAGCUGUAUUUGAAAAUGUGGCCGAUUCAUAUGACAAUAUGAACGAUGCAAUGAGUUUGGGAAUUCAUCGAAUUUGGAAAGAUUUAUUCAUUCAGGAAUUAGCACCAACUCAUGGAUGUCGUCUUCUCGAUUCGGCCGGUGGCACUGGCGACAUUACAUUUCGCUAUCUCAAGUAUCUUGAAAAUUGCAAAAAUCCAAUGAAUCUACAGAGUCACGUGACUGUUUGUGACAUUAAUUCAAAUAUGCUCGAGGUGGGAAAAAUUCGUGCCGAAAGACAUGGUUGGACAAUGGAAAAUGGAUUUGAUAUUCAAUGGAAAGAGGCGAAUGCUGAAAAACUUCCAUUUGAAAAUGAUUCAUUUUCAGCUUAUACAAUUGCAUUUGGUGUGAGAAAUGUCACGCACAUUGACAAGGUUUUAGAAGAAGCCUAUCGAGUUCUUCAACCUGGAGGUCGAUUUCUGUGCCUUGAAUUUAGUCACGUAAACAACAACAUGGUAAAAUGGGUCUAUGAUCAAUAUUCAUUUCAAGUGAUUCCUGUUAUGGGAGUUUUGAUUGCAAAUCAAUGGCAACCGUAUCAAUAUUUGGUGGAAAGCAUUAGAAAGUUUCCGAAUCAAGAGGAUUUUAAGGAUAUGAUAUCAAAUGCUGGAUUCAGACACGUGACGUAUAAGAAUUUAACAUUUGGAAUUGUCGCUAUUCAUUCUGGAUUCAAGAUAUAAAUUUUGUAAAUAUAUAUUCAAUUUUGUUAAAUUUUUAUAAUUAAUAAAAAAUUCUAUUAUUACUA